GCGCGGUCCCCGCGGCCUUCCACGAGUUCGGGGCGUGGCACCCCCAGCCGCCGAUCCCCGACCCCGACGCUCGCUUCCGCGGCUACGAGAGGUUCCCUCGCGAGCAGGUGCCCUUGUGUGAGGACCUGCGCCCGGGGGUGCUGCAGGCGACGGAGAAGUGCUGGUCCCUGUGCAGCCCGAAGGGCCAGGAGGACUGCAUGCCGCGCACCCUGGCGACCAUCGAGAAUGGCAAGCUGGAGAUGCACCGGCACCCCAUGUGCUCCAGCCGGGUGGAGUGCGCCGGGCGCAAGCACCGCGUGCUCUGCGAGGCGAGGCUGAAGGGCUCGGGCGACGGGGACGAGAAGGAGGGGGGCUCGCAGGCCUCCACGAAGGGCGUGGCCUCUCAGCUCACGCAGCUCGCGCGGUCCGUCGAGGUUCCUCAGAAUAUCCCGCAGCUUGCCAAACAAGGCGGUCUGGGCGCGGCCGCGCUGACGCUCGCCGUGCGACCCCCGCUCGCCUGGCGGGCGCGCGGGGCACAGGGCUGGGCGCGGCCGCCGCCGCUGCGGUGGCGCGCCUUCCUGUGA